AUGGCAAAACUGGCCGAAGCGUUUUGGAGAAACACGGGGAGAACCAAGUGGGCCCCCCCACCUGGCGACGAGGAAAUAUUCGGGGAUAAAAAAAAUUAUAGAAAAAAUUUGUGUCAAGGUAUUGUAAGCUCAAGUAUCAGCAUGUCUUCGAGAAUCGAACAGGUUGCGCUCAUAAGUCUUGAGCAGGGGUUUUUAAACACGGGGAAUACGCAUAGAGGGUCUAAAUUGCUGAUAAAUGGACAAUAUGCGAAACUCGCGAGCUCUGAGCUAAAGGACAUAUUUCAUGAUCCGAGUAUUUAUUCGUCAAUCCAGGAACUUGCAGCGGAAUCAUCUACGCCACGGCAAAUAAUCGACCAGGUUGUUGAGAAAAGUAUUGAAAUUUCAGCAGAGAAGUCGUUUUUGGCUGCAAUAGUGCUACUCCAGCUGUUUGUGCAAACUAAUUUCACCGGGCCCAAAUUUCCACCGGCUGACCAGUUGGGCUGGAUCAACGAGCUACAGACCACUAGUCCGAGCAUAAUAGACCUGUUGACACUUUCUGGUCAACAGCCAAAUAGACUGGUCGACUGGCCGCUGUUGCUGGUACUAUCACUCAGAUACUUUGAAAAAUUGACAAAAUCCCCAAUAAGUCUAGUUGGAGAAAACCAGAGAAUCGAGCCAGAAACGGCAGUCAGCGAGUCCAAGAUUGUGACAUUGGCAGAGGACGAUUACCAGGUUGCUGGAGCGUACUGGUGGAGAUCAAGAGCGUUGCAGGUGCAACAAUCCCUGUACCAUGACGAGAAUGCCAUUUUGUCCACUCUCACCUUCUCUCUUCUUUCUCCCUCAGUGGUGACUGCUUUGGUGGACCAGACGAACCCAAACUUGGUAGUGAACCAGUACAUUCUUGUUCUAUACCAUCUGGAGAAGGCGCGUUCGGCACUGAGCGCAAACGCAGACACACAGGCCACCGAGAGUUUAUCCAAGGCCAGAUCUACUUCUGGACUCGAAUUUGUUCUUACUGGUUGCAAGGCCAAGCGGACCAAGUAUCAGGAAAAGGCUGUUGCAUCGCUGACUGUUCUUGCACGGUCGCAAGCCAGUUUGCUACGGACAGAGACCGACUCGAGCAAUAAUCCACAGGAGGUGGCACUGAACGACGACCUGUUUCUUGAGCGUCUUCAGUACGAGAAUCUUGGCGACAACGAGGUCUUUGAGACUACGGGUGACGAGAAGCGAGUCAGAAUAGACUACUCGAAUUUGGACUACCACGAAGAUCAGGAGGACAAGUUGCUACCAAUUGCUCCGAAAGCAGAAGACAUUCCAGCUUCGUUGCAGAACAUUGACCCGAACUCGCAGCCUGCGCUUGCGGACCUGGACAACAUCCAGCUUCUGCUGCGUCUGGAGACGAUACGCGCAAACUCUCCCGCACGCAGUGCUCUGAUCAACGAGGAGCUAACGGCGCUGGUGCAACGUGUGCUGUUUUCGCCGGCUGGAAGCGUCAACUGGCUGGUUUAUUGCAACGCGCUUUGGCAGCGGUCGUUGCUCGAGUCCGACAAGGCAAAAACAGUCGAGCGUGGAGUGCUGCAACUGUACUCGCUGGUGGAAGAGCUGGGAGUUCAUUCGGAGCAGACUGCACGGCUGUUCCCAAAGACCCAGGAUGAGGAACAGUUUGCCGAGAAAUUUGUGUCGCAAGACGUUUCUGACGAGCUUUCGCUGGUGAACUCUGUUAGAAACAGGUUUGUGUUCCAGCUUCCACUGAACCCGAAAUGGAACCUGGACUCGAAACUGGCCGAGAAGCUGGUGGAGCUUGGGUCGCUGAAAUCUGCUCUGGAGAUCUACGAGCGGCUACAUUUGUGGACAGACGCUGCUCUUUGUUACGGAUCCAUUGGAAACGAGUCCAAGGCCGAGGAGCUGGUGGUGAGGCAGCUGGACGAGUUCCCCAACGACGCCAGAGCGCUGAGUGUCCUUGGAGACAUCCGGCAGGACCCUGCUCUGUGGGAGCAGGCGUGGAGCGUGAGCCGGUACGCGAACGCCAAACGGUCGCUUGCCAAGUACUACUACCAGAAACCCGUUGCCGAGCGCGACUACCAGACCAUUAUCGGCCACCAGUACGACUGUGUCAAGGCCAACCCGCUCAACUUUGAGAACUGGUACUUUUACGGGUGUCUUGGUCUGGAGACCAGCAGUUGGGAGCUGGCAGCCGAAGCGUUCACGCGGUGUGUUGCGUUGGACGAGACCAGCCGGUACUCGUGGUCGAACCUGGCGUCUGCGCUGCUGCGGCUCGACAAGAUGAAAGAAGCGUUCACGGCGCUGCAACGGGCCGUCAGCUCGGGCGACACCGAGAAGUCUUCGUGGAAGAUCUGGGAGAACUAUUUGAUUGUGGCGAUCAAGCUGGGCCGCUGGGACGAGGUUCUCGUGGCCUCGCGCACGCUGCUCAAUACGCGCAAGGAGCUGGACGGCGAAGGAUCGUUGGACAUUCCUGUGCUAGAGAAAUUGGUGGAACUGCUGAUUUCGGAGCCGUACAACGAGGACUCGCGGCAGACGCAUUUCCAGAAGUCAUGUGUGCAGUUUCUGACGCAGGAGGUGCCGUCUGUGGUGAACCACAACUCCAGGGUGUGGCGGGUUGUUGCCAAGGUGGAUCUGUGGAGAAAGAAACCGUGGUUGGCGUUGGAGGACUACGAGAAGGCGUACCGGGCAGCCAGCAGUCGGCCGGAGCUCGUGAUUGAACAGGAGGCAUGGCAGGACGCUGUUGGUGCGUGCGAGGACCUGGUGGCUGCGUACGAGAACUUUGGCUCGCUACCGGGCAAGCACGGCGCCGGCGACGUGGUAUGCAAGGACUGGAAGUUUAAAGCACGGUCUACGGUGCGGUCGUUGAUGUCGAAGGGAAAAGUCUGGGAAGACACCGAGGAGUACAGCCGCCUGGAAGAGCUCAAGGAGGAGAUGAAGGGUAAAUAG